AUUCAGUCCCACGUGAAAUCUCACACAGUUUUUGUUGGAGGCACGAUAUUCACACGCUUUCGUUGGCAACGCUGAACAACCACGGAGCACGCGCGCACACAUACAACCAGCACCAACACCAGUAACACCAGCAACAGCACCGAUACCAUGGCUCGCCGGCGUCAGAAGAAGGCAGUGCCCAUGUCCAGAACCAUGAGCUCAUCCUCCAUCGAGGAGGAGCUGCCACGCCCUCCCCCCAACGUGCGAAAGAACCUGCCAGUGAAAAGCGUCGUCAAGAUCUUCACGGUGGCGAGCCGGCCCAACUUCCGGCAGCCGUGGCAGAUGAGCCAGCAGGAGUACUACAAGGGCUCCGGCUUUGUCGUCCAGAACAACUACAUUCUGACGAAUGCGCACGUGGUUGCGGACUACACGACCGUGCGCGUCCGGCGACACGGCGGCCACCACAAGUUUGUCGCAAAAGUCCUGUGCAUCAACUACAGCUGCGAUCUGGCGCUGCUCACCGUCGACGACAAGGCCUUCUGGAAGGAUCUGCCUGCGCUGGAGGUGGCAGACGAAGUGCCGCAGCUGGAUGAGCGCGUCCUCGUCAUCGGAUAUCCAAUGGGCGGCGACACGAUCAGCGUGACGCGCGGUGUGGUGUCUCGCGUUACCACCCUGAGUUACGCCGACUGCAAGUUUCCGCAACUCCUUGCCUCAUUCCUCCUCGUCGUCCAGAUUGAUGCCGCCAUCAACUCGGGCAACUCUGGCGGCCCCGUGUUCCGGGAGAACGGGAAGGUCGUUGGUGUCGCGUUUAGCGGUUACGCCGGCGCAGCAGACAACAUUGGGUACAUUAUCCCGUACCCCGUGAUCAAGAACUUCCUUGAGGACUAUGAGCGGCGUGGGACCUCCGACGGCGUGUGCGACCUCGGCUUCUCCUACGAGCUCUGCGAAAACCAGGCCAUGCAGAAGAUGCUCAAGCUCGCAGGCGACAAAUCUGGUGUGCGCAUUGUGAGCGUGCGCCCGCUCGGUGCAUCGCACAACAUCAUCAAGCCGGGCGACGUCGUCAUGAAGAUCAACGGUUUCAAGGUUGCCAACGACGGCACAAUUCCGUUCCGCCAGGACGAGCGCGUGCACAUGUCCCACGCCAUCACCAGCAACUCGCUUGGGGAGGAUGUGGAGGUUGUGCUGCUGCGCGACGGAAGGAAGAAGACGGUCAAGAUUAAGGGCAUGCGCACCCCAAUGCUCAUCCCACCGUUCCGCAGGGACAAGGAGAUGCCGUCUUACCUCAUUGUUGGCGGCGCCGUCUUCACCGUCAUGACGGGAGGGCUGCUUGAUGCCGCUGUUGACGAGUUUGACGACAACGCGUGGGAGUACUCGCGGCGGGCGAAGAAGUAUCCCGACGAGCAGCUGGUGAUCCGCAUUGGCUGGCUCUCCCACCCGAUCAACCACGGAUACGCGUCGCACCGCGCCGAGCGCAUCGCAAAGUGCAACGGCGUCCAGGUCCGCAACAUCCGCCACCUCAAGGCCCUGUGCGAGCAGUCGAAGAAGUUUAUCGUGAUUGAGACGGGCGUGAAGCGCUCCAUCGUCUUUGACGUCAAGGAGACAAAGAAGGUUGAGAAGGAGAUUCUUGAGACGUAUGCGAUUCCGUCGCCGUGCUCCAAGGACCUGGUCGACGUCGACGCCUCGUACGAGCCGCUGCCGGCGAGCGACUACGACGUGAAGGACGAGAAGGGCGAGGACGAGGCCACGGCGCCGUCGUGCGAUGUGGAGGAUGCAGAUGAGGCAGGCGUGCUCCCAACCGCCGCUGCGACUGGCGCGACGGGCGGUGAUGAUGGUAGUGCUGAGCACGACACUGGUGCAGCAUCGGCUUCGUCUUCGUCGUCGUCGAGGGGCCGGCGCGGCGGUGACGGCGCCACCAUGGCAAUGGACGCGCGGGCUGAUGGCGAUCACGACAACAACAACGACAACGACAACAACGACGGUGACGACGAUGAUGCAAUGCCGAAGAAGCGCGCAAAGGCGACGCGUUCAUCUCCCCGCCGCACCGCCGGCGCCACGAAGACCAAGGCGAGCAAGGCGGACAAAUCAUCCGCAGCUGGUGGCGAUCGCGGUGGACGGCCACGCCGGUCAGGACGCAAGAAGCACGCGUGAGCAGCAUGUGAGCAGCACACUUGCAGCAGCAAUAGUCGUGGGCUGGCUGUGCAUGGCAUAGGGCGGUUUACUCAUCGCAUGUGCUUGCUUGUGUGUAUGUUGUAUGUGUGUGUGUGUGUGUGUGUGCGUGUGAACUUACAGUUGGUGUUAUGUUAGAUUGAUGUUCGUUUACUGUUGUGAACGUGAGUCUGUGCUCUGUCCAUUCGACCUUUUUUUCCCCUUUGGCUGCCAGUGUCAGUGUCACAUGUGGGCGACACGUGCCCAUCAUGCGUGAAGGUCGCGGCUGCGUCAACACACGCACUUCAGUGCAUUGCCGUUGUCGGUGGUGAAUUACACAGGUGGCAAGCUGAUCAGCACCCGAAUGCG